CUUUAACUUGUAAACAUUCAGUAUUUUGUCAAACACAGUCUAUCGUUUAUAAAGGAUACAGGUUACCGGGAGUAUUGCUGUAAACAAGUGCAUCAUAUAUAUUCAUACAUACGCAAGAUCCGUUAGGGGGUUACAAAAGGUAGUCAUAUAGUGAAUUCUGUUUGGAUGCGACUGACGUAGAAUCGACCUUAACAGGCAGUGAUAUGACACUAUAGUCAGCUUACUGGCUGUCUCAAUACGUUUGCCCCACGGUGUACAUUAAUCAACGAUGUCAGAGGUGUCAAGGAGGAUGUCAGGUCGGGAAGAGGUCACCACAACGGUGGUCAUCCUGCCCCUGGACAGAUCACAAAAUGCUCAACAUGCUUUUCAAUGGUACGUUGACACAAUCUACAGACAAGACCACUUGGUACAUUUAGUUCAUAUUCACGAACCUCCGAUUCUCAAAUCGAACAUUAUGAAAGGAAAUGGCUCUCUCCUUGACUGCUAUAUAGAUAAAGACUACCCUGCUGCUGCUAAGCCUAGUGCAACACCACGCCUCAUGGGUGAGGCUUCACUGAGCUGUUUUAUGACUCCAGAUUUUAACCCAAGCCAGGAGAAAGUUAUAACCCAACACCAACGAGAUAUGCAGAGACUCGUCGAUGAGGAAGAGAAAAGGGUCCAGCAGCUUUUCAAAACAUUCACACAACAAUUGCACAAACGAAAUAUAAAGUGUUCUGUCCAUGAUAAGGUUAGCACCCAACCAGGACAGACAAUAUGUGACUUUGUUACGUCAUUAAACGCUGACGUUGUGGUCAUGGGGUCAAGAGGUCAAGGAAAAGCUAGACGAACAAUUCUAGGCUCAGUAUCGGAUUAUGUGUUGCACCAUGCUAACAUCCCUGUGCUCGUGAUCCCUAUGUCAAAACAGUAAAAAAAGACAUUGACAUGCAAAAUGUCACCAC